GCGGGCGGGCGGGCAGCGCAGCGCGGCGUUAUGGGGCCGUGCUGAGGCUCGGGGGUGCCCAUGCGGCGCCGGGCAGAGCCGAACCGAGCCGGACCAACUCCAGCCAUGCAUCCCGGUGCGCCCGCGGGCACAUGGGGCAGCGCUUGAACCGCUGCCUCGAUGUCCCCGUCGCGCUGCCGCCGCUGAGGCGGAGGCUCCUGCUGCUCUUCAUCAUGCUCUUCCUCUGGCUCUAUAUGUUUUACUCCUGCGCCGGCUCCUGCGCCGGGCUGGCGACCCGCGGUUCCCCCGCGCCGCCCCGCGCCGCCCCGCCGCUUCCCCAGCUGCUACCGCCGGUUCCGGGGGAGCCGGGCGAGGAGAGCAGCCUGGAGGAGCAACGGGCAGCGCCCGACGCCGUCAGCCCCAUCUCCACCUUCUUCAACGGCUCCGGCACCAAGCGGCUGCCGCAGGCCAUCAUCAUCGGCGUGAAGAAGGGGGGGACGCGGGCGCUGCUGGAGUUCCUGCGGGUGCACCCCGACGUCCGCGCCGUCGGCGCCGAGCCCCACUUCUUCGACCGCAACUACGAGCGGGGACUCGCCUGGUACAGGGACCUCAUGCCCAGGACCCUGGAGGGGCAGAUCACCAUGGAGAAGACCCCCAGCUACUUCGUCACCAAGGAGGCCCCAGCCCGCAUCUCCUCCAUGUCCAAGGGCACAAAGCUCAUCGUGGUGGUGCGGGACCCCGUGACCAGAGCCAUCUCGGACUACACCCAGACGCUCUCCAAGAAGCCCGAUAUCCCCACCUUUGAGAGCCUGACCUUCAAAAACAGGACUACGGGCCUGAUCGACACCUCGUGGAGCGCCAUCCAGAUUGGCAUCUAUGCCAAGCACCUGGAGAACUGGCUCCUCUACUUCCCCAUCGGGCAGAUCCUCUUUGUCAGCGGGGAGAGGCUGAUCAGCGACCCCGCGGGGGAGCUGGGCAGGGUCCAGGACUUUCUGGGCCUCAAGAGGAUCAUCACCGACAAACACUUCUACUUCAACAAAACCAAGGGGUUCCCCUGCCUGAAGAAGGCGGAAGGCAGCAGCAAACCCCACUGCCUGGGGAAGACGAAAGGCAGGACCCACCCCGACAUAGACCAGGAGGUGGUGCAGAGACUGCGGGACUUCUACCGGCCCUUCAACAUGAAGUUCUACCAGAUGACGGGGCAGGACUUCGGCUGGGACUGAGGCUGGCGUGGGAAAGUCUCCUGUAAUUUCUUGCCCAGCACGGUUUGCGUAUAUAAAGAGAUAUAUAUGUAUGUAAAAUGUACAGAAAUCUAUUUUAUAAUAAUUUAUUUUUAAUUCCUAAGCAAUUAAUUCACUAAGCUGCCUAACCGCACUGGCUAGAAUGGUAGCCCGUAACCUGUUUAACAUUCCACGGUGUUUAACUCUAAUAUGUCUCUCCUUUUUUUUUUUUUUUUUUUUUUUUCCCCCCCUUCUGUUUUCUCCUCUUUUUGGUUUGGUUUGUAACAGACGGUGCUUCCAUUUUUCCUAAACAAAAUUUGUAUUUAAAAAAUCAAAAAAAGCGAGGGUGGAAGGGGAUGGGCGGGGAGGGAGGGAAAGCACAAAUUUAUUUUUGUUACGGGUAUCUGGCCUUUAUAAACACUUGCUUUCCCUAUUCCAGUGUCCCAGUCUCUGCUCCGGUGUUGUGCUCCCUUGUCCCACAGCUUUACAGUUAGUCCCGCAGCCCCUGGGGGGAGGUUUCUCUGGGGCGGGUGGGGAGGGAGGCUGGUCAUCUCCCUACAGCCCACAUACCUCUGCUGAGCAGCAGUGCGUUUUACUGGUGGCUGUAAAGCGCAGGGAACCCCAAGCCAUACAGCUCCUGCUCUGCAGCCCAGGACUCUGCCGGGAGGGUAACGUGCUCAUUUUCCAGCGGAGAAGCCACAGAGCCUGUUGCAUGGGCAGAGCUGUCUCCUCAGUAUACUUAUCUUUCUUGCCUUUUGUCAAGGAGGCUCUUUCCCACGAUCCCUCUAUGCAUUUUAAAUCUUUACUGCAGGACAAAUGUAAAAAAUACAUGUAUCUGUAUGUGACACGCUCGGCACUGGUCUGAAUGACUUGCAAGAAGCGUCAGUGCCUGUGCACACAGGGCACUGCUGGGAGGUGGCUGCGCCGGCAGUGCGGGGAGCAGCGUCCACCCACCAAAGACGCCAGCAGAGUUGCGGUGUCACGGGAAAACCCCAGGUCUCUGCUUGGUGCCAUCCCCAGCAUGGAGGGUGUCCCAGGACACGGCGCAGGCAGCACUACCAUCUCCAGCCCUGCAGCCGCUGGAGCAGCUCCCGGUGCCUAAGUCUGGGGAACAUCAACCUUGGCCCCCUCGAUUCCCAUUACAUUUUGGUCCAACACCCUAUCCACGGUCCCUCCCAAGGAGCAGCGUUUGCCUAGAGCCAGGAAGAAGUGCUGCUUUGCCAACAAGGAUGAAUCUGUAGAAAAGCAGGGGGGAGUCUGGGCUGUACUUGGGUUGGGGUGUUGCUGUCAGCCCAGGUGUAGCCAGGUACACCCCCUGCCGCCCUGCUGCCCCGGGCAAGCGCAGGGGUGGUAGCCAGGCAGGACAGGAGGCUCUGAGCACUUAACCAUCAACCCAGGUACAAUAACCUGGAGAUCCUUCCCCUCAGGUGGAACCAAAUGCUUUGGGGCAUUAGGACAGGUUGGCAGGGCUCUCCUGAGAGCUCUAGGCAUGUUUUGUGUGCUCAGGACGUUUUGAUAAGCACUGUGUGUGCCAAUGCCUUAUCAUUACUGUCGGGGGUUCUGCUAGCUCAACUGGAAUGUUUUCAGAGCAAGGUGGCAGCAGAAGUGAUUUGCUCCUUGAAUUUUUAACAGAAGCAGGGCUAUGUUGUCUUUGGGCAACAAAAACCCAUGCACCUCACCUGCAGCGCUGAAAUGAUGUACCACACCAAGCGUGGAGCUUGCUGGAUAAAUCUCAUGACAUUACCAUGUAUGCACUUGCAUAAAGUGGGCGGUGUAAGUAAAACUCGAAACAGCAGAUGCACCAAUGGGCAAAGCAUACGUGAGUUGUGUUAAUGCUCUAGUUUCAUAUGCAUUUCCUAUAUAAAUGCCUGCCCUGCACAUCUCCCCAGUCACCCAUAGCAAACCACCUUUGAGUACCACAUUGCUGAGCCAUGCCCAGCUAUGGUGGGGUGUUUUCAGUGGCAUUUCCCAGAUGUUUCUUUUAUUUUGCAGCCUCCUUGCUCUUGCCUGCUCCUUACAGCUCUCUGCUGCAGCUGUUUGGUGAUGAAAAGGCUCUUUGGAGCCUGGACUGCACUCUCCCUGGGUCUUGAUUUAGUCCUGCUCAGGUGGAUACCCACCUCUGGGUCUGCUGGAGGGAUUUGCAGGUAAAGUGCUGCCCUUCAGUGCUUUGUUUGAACCUAUGGGCUCUUGGCUUGGCUCAGCAGUGUCACAUCUCCGAAGGGAUUUAGGGGACUUGCACCUCCCUCAGUGCUGGUGAGGCGUGUGUGGGUUCAUACAUGGGGUGCAGUGCACUGGGGUGUCCUCAAGCAAAGGGAGAUGCUAAGCAUAAUGUCAGGACUGAGCUGCCUAGCAAACCUGCGGUGAGCGUGAUGCAAAUCCCUCCUUGGGGUUUGCCUCCAAGCACAUCAUCCUACAAACAGGAAAGUUGGGCAAAUCCUCUCCUUUUUGCCCUGAGCCAUUUCUAGCAACAAAGCGAUGCUUUGGCCUGAUGCAGUCCCACUUCCAGAGGUCACAGGCGUGAGUGUGGGACCUGCUGAGCUGCGCAGGUUGACAGACCACACACACAAUGCCUGUCCUGCAAAACACAGCUGCAAACCUUGAGUGGUGGUUGGAUCUAUGCAUGUGUGGGGUCUUUGGUUUUAGCUCCAGCCAGGUCCCUGGCUCUGUUCCCUGCUGCCAGGACAGGCGAUGAAUGCACGAGCGUGUCUGCUUUAUCACAAACCCUGCUGCUGUUGGGCGACUGAGGGGAAGGGGCUGCGGGGGGUGAGGGCUGGGGAGGAGAAGAAAAUACUUCCUGGUGGAAAAGAGUGGGUUUUGGUUCUCAAAACCUCAGUUGUCCUACUAGCUGGCUUAUGCAAUGUGUGGAAAGACGCUCAUCCUCUCCACUUGGCCUUUGGGUAAGCUCCCAGCCGCGACCGCACCGCUUCCCCAAGCGGUUUCGCUGGCUGAGCCCUUCUGCUGCGUGGCAAGAGCCUCCGGGAUCUACCGCGUUGGCGUGGCUUCCUUUCCGUGCGGUUCCCUCCGGAGCACGUGUGUGUGCCUGCUUUUGAAUGCUGGAAGAUUUCGCAUCCCUUACGUCUUCCUUCUUCCUUUCUUGGAAACAACUUUUUAAUAUCCCAAUGCCUUCCUCAGCUAUACAGCAGAGUGUGGGCUUAAUUUGUAUAAUCAAGCCCUGCUGAAAAACGCUCUCAUGAAGCAAUCUUGUUGGAAAGUAGAAAUACAGAGAGUGAAUAAUAACUCUUCUAACCUUAAGCAAAUUGUUAGCCCUGGCUCAAUAUCCUUCGUAAUGAAGUCUGCACUAGACUUUUAACGUAAAGGCCUUACCUAGCAAAUAAGACAAUGAAGGUGAAUUUCCCGUGGUGUACAUCUGGUUGCUAAUACCGGAAUCAGUGCUAUUGUCAUAAUUUAAAAAAAAAAACAACAACUUUUUUUGAAGUUAAGCUUGGAGGUGUGAUUAGAAGUUUUGGGUUUUUUUUUCCACAUUGUAACAUUAAUUUAUGGCUGAGUUUCAUUCAGUCCUGUAUUCAGAAGUGCAGUACAGAUAUUAGUGACGUGUUGUCUGUAACAUGGUACUAUAGAGUAGCCAAUUUGUAAGAAAAAGAACAAAAUGGAAAGAAAAAACAAAAAAACGCACAAAAAAGAAAAUCUGAAAAAAAAUGUAAAUUGAUUAUUUUGUGGUAUGUACAACACAAAUUAAUUUUACACAGAGAAAGAUGUUUCUAGGGAAAUGAAAUUCUGGUAAUUCAUACUAUUUGUAUGAACAAAUAAAAGCUAUAUUUUACCAAGCGA